AUGGCCCAAGUGAGCCACAUACAAGCACCACUGGUUGACCAUGGUGAUCCUACCCAUGGCUACUGGGAUCAAAGGGGGUGGGACAAUGACGAGAACGACGAUGAGGACUAUGAUGACGAUGAUAACGAUGACGACGGCAAAAGUGAAUGCGAAGAAGAUUUCAGUCAAGAUUGUGCUCGGCGUAUCCGUCUUCGGGGGCUUUAUAGUCAAAGAGCUUCUAUCCAAAAGACCCGUAUCGCCAGAGAAAACGCAUUCCAAAAAUAUCGGCAGCUUGCCGCAAAAGAGCUACAAUUUUUGAAUUCUUCCAAAGCUUCAAGAGUGUCAUCUUCUUUGAUUGAGAAGAAAUGCCUCCUCGAAGGUCAUCAUCCGCUCAGAAAGGAUACUAUCGGCCCUCUACCGCGGGACGAAAUUGUCCAAAUAACGAUUUCGAUUGCAGAUGUGCAGUAUGGGCAGCGCUAUGGAGGAUUCAUUGAUGGUACAUCUGGACUAAGUGAACAGAUUGUGGAGGUAUUAACCCCUUCUGCAGUAUCUGUGCUAUGUCUGCCAUCAAUCUCCGUUGAAGAUCUUAUGCGUAUCGAAGAGAUCCGUGACUGCGAUAGAGAUGCUGGUGUGUAUCUCCAUAUCCUAAAGAGAUAUGUUGAUCAGGUGAAACACUUCUACUUAUAUGCUGGUCAAGCCGAUGAUCUUUAUGAGCGUAUGAGCCAGCAUAAAACCCCAAGCUUUCGCCUACGACAUCCAUCAUUGCACUGUAGUGUAUGGGAGUCGAUUUUGACUAAUUGGACUGAUGUUGAGUCCAGAUUCGUUAAAAUUCCUGAUAUACUUCCGCACUACUCAGACCCAGAGGACCUGCAACUCUUUAUGAAUUUCAAUGAGAUGCUUGCGGCAUUGGCAUUCCAAACCCUCCAGCCUAAGGACCUCGACAAGAUUCUCCCGGCCAGCUUCUCAAAGAACUAG